CGCAUCUGGUACUGAUUUGGUUUGAUCGAGUGUCGCAGUGSAUGUGCAACCUUCAGUCUCUUCCCAAAGUAACGAUGAAUCAAUCAAGCAAUCAACAACGAGCCACUCAAUUUAUCCCUGGUAUCAGUGUUCGUCGGAAGCGACGGGGGUAGGUUGUUUUAUCGGUUCGGUUCGAUGCAUCCGAGCUAUCAUUUGCACCGCAAGAUUCGGUAGAAACGAACAUGGCAUCAUCGAUCAGAGGUUUUCGCUGCUUGGUGAAGGAGAUCUCCUUGGUGUUUUCUGCGUGUUGGUUUUCGUCGCCCGAGGUUUCGGUUGUAAGCCCGGAGGACACAAGGCCCGAUGAGAACCAGCCACGACAAGCUUGGUCGGUUAUUUCUUGCCGGAGGAUGCGUUCUUCUUCGGUAUCACUGAACGAGCAUCCAACACCGAACUGUGUAAAGUUCGCUGCAACACCGUCUCCCCGGGCUUUCAUCAUGCUUUUCGAUAAUUCGUCGUACCUGUCCCACGUGCUUUGCAACUCCUGAAACUCCUUCUUUAGAUCUUCCUUGGAAUGUACAUUUUCCUUUUUUUCAAAGACUACAUCAUUUUCGCAAUGGGAGCGUCUACCAUGAUCGCUGUUGUCAUCAUUGCCAUAGACAACUUUGUUGUGUAUUUUAUCCGGGUGAAUUACCUGCAGUCUCUUCAGGUAUGCCUUCCGCAGGUCUUCGUACGAGUAAAUGGAAAAGUCAAGG